AUUUCAACUUUUAAUGGGAUUCUUUCUUUCUCCUGUAUGCAGGUGAAGCAAGUUCCAAAUUUGGCUUUUGAGUUGGGGUUUCCUUAAAAGAAGCAAAAGAAAUUAAACUCCCCCUUAUGCAAAUUUAGAGAAGAAAAAGUAGAGUUAUAGAGAGAGAGAGAGUCCCUCUUUUCUCUCUCUUUUCCCUUCUUUUUGAUCCCAAGAAACACUUUCCAUACACAAGGAAACUGUUGUUUUCUUCUUUCAGAGAGAGAGAGAAAGAGUUGCCACCAUGUCUCUUGGCUAUGCAGAGAAGCUCUCAUUCAUAGAAGAUGUGGGUCAAGUUGGAAUGACUGAGUUCUUUGACUCUGCUCAUGUUUUACAAGAUAAAAUUGAACAACUUGCAAAAUUGAUAGAAAAGAGUAGACAUCUAGUGGUGUUUACAGGUGCAGGAAUAUCAACUUCUUGUGGCAUACCUGAUUUUCGAGGCCCCAAAGGAAUAUGGACAUUGCAGCGUGAAGGUAAGCCCUUGCCUGAAGCAUCCCUACCUUUUCACCGUGCAAUGCCAAGCAUGACCCAUAUGGCUCUGGUUGGAUUGGAGAAGGCUGGUAUUUUGAAGUUUGUUAUUAGUCAGAAUGUUGAUGGUCUCCAUCUUCGAUCUGGAAUACCAAGGGAGAAGCUUGCCGAACUGCAUGGGAACUCGUUUAUGGAAACUUGUCCCUCAUGUGGUGCUGAGUAUUACCGAGAUUUUGAGUUGGAAACUAUUGGAUUGAAGGAGACAUCACGACGUUGUUCUGAUGAGAAAUGUGGAGCAAAACUUAGGGAUACAGUUCUUGACUGGGAGGAUGCACUGCCGCCAAAGGAGAUGAAUCUAGCGGAGAAGCACUGUAGAAUGGGUGAUUUGGUGCUUUGUUUGGGGACAAGUUUGCAGAUCACUCCUGCAUGCAAUCUGCCUUUGAAAUCUCUUCGUGGUGGGGGGAAGAUUGUUAUUGUGAACCUUCAGAAAACUCCAAAGGACAAGAAAGCAAGUUUGGUGAUCCAUGGUUUUGUAGAUAAGGUCAUUGCAGGAGUCAUGGAACUUCUUAAUAUGAAGAUUCCUCCAUAUAUCCGAAUUGAUCUCUUCCAGACUAUUCUAUCACAAUCCCUAAGUUCUGAUAAAAAAUUUGUCAACUGGACCAUCCGCAUAGCAAGUGUUCAUGGACUAAGUGCUCCAUUGCCAUUCAUUAAGUCCGUUGAGGUUUCUUUCUCGAACAAUCAAAAUUACAAAGAAGCUACUCUAGAUACACAGCCAUUUCUACUGAAAAGGAGAACUGUUCUAACUGAAACAUUUGAGAUAUUCUUGAACCUCAAGUUUAGUGAUGGAUGCGGUUGCCUUAACACUCGAAUUGAAAUUCCUUUUAAUUUUCAGGAUUCAAUCGAAGGUUUUAAACUUGACAAGAAUGCCACAUUGGAAAAGAUGAGAGAUGCAGCAAUUGAAGAUUCGAAAUGCGGGCAGAAUGCAGUGGUGGAGAGGAAAACCGUAUUAGUCCCGAAAAGUGAGGCCACAGUUCAUGCAAUUGUUACAAAUGUUAAAACAUUUGACUACCAAUUAAGCAAUGGUGAUAUGAAGCCAAUAAAAGAAGGUUUGAAUGGUUUGAAAACAACUCGGAAGCAGCGAUCCAAAGGGCGCAAGCGAAAAACGAGACUGUAGAGACUAGAGAGACUAAAGUGUUGGUAUAUGAGGUAAAAUUGGAUUAGAUGGAGUGUGUUAUAUAUAUGUAUAUGGGACUGAGUGAAUUUUGAUAGGUAUUAGCACUCGGGUCUCUAAAAGCCGGCAUGGUUAGUGUAACAUCAUCACCCAGUUUUACAGGGACAAGAUUUUGGAUAUUAUCUCAAACGUACUCAAUGUAUUUCCCACAUUAACUUAUGGCGUAAAUUUUAAGCACAAUCCCUAUAUUAUUGUAUAA